UUGUUACAGUAUAACAGGCCCCAUAUCCUCCAAUCACAGCACACCACCUUCAAUCUCUCUCUUGAAGAUUUUAGCAAAAAGCUUAGAUUCAUUCCUUGGAGCUGGGUACCUUAGCUUUUGAGCUUCCAAUGAGCGUUGUGGUCUCUCUCAUUUCAUAGGAGUGCUGCCUAUAUAUUCUUUUUCUUUCUUCUCUUUUCUUUGUUGCUCAGACCUCAAGGAAAAAGGAAGAAAGCAGACAGAUCUUUUCCCAGCUUUUCAUUUUUUCACUUCUACUACCUCAGGAAAUCAGUUUUCCAUCUGCGUUUUCAAUUUCCACAUUUUUUUUCUUAUUUGUUUUGAAGUUUUAGCUUCUCUCCAGUUUAGUUUUCUUUGUUUCCCUAACAUCGAAGAGCUUGAAUAUGCUCUCUUAGUCCACCGCCAAGCUUUCCUCUAUUCAAAUUCUUCGCUUCUCUAUCUCAGUUCCUGAGAAUUGUAUCUGGGUUUUUACUCUCUUGCUAUAGAAAGUUUUGCUUGUUUGUUUUCCAUGGAAGUUUAACUGGGUAUAGAUCUCAGUAGUGGUUCUAGGGUUUCAUCCUAGAAUAUUUUGAGAGUAUUUUCGGUUUUAUUAUAAAUGGAUUUUACCAAAUUUUUUUCUUUGAUUUUCGGAAAGUCGGGUCUUUUGUAGAUUCCUCGGGGGUAUGACUGCACCACGAAAAAAGCUAUUCUGAUUCCUCUUUAAUGCUUCCUGAUUUAACACUGAUAUUUUUCUGGAGAAACCUCCACCUCUCCGCAUUUCCUAUCUGGGUUCUUUUCCUUUUUCCUCUGUUUCACCAAAUUCAGCGCCUCUAGCCAAUUUUUUUCACUGAAAUUCUCGGAUUUGUUCCAAUCUGUUUCAUGUUAUAAUAGUUUUGCCUCUCAAUUUGAUGCAAUGAAGUGGGAAAUGGCACUUCUUUCACCUGCAUCGCAUCAUUCAAGCACAAAUUGGCUAAUAGAUGAGAGCAAGAGCACCAAGUGGACUCCAGCAGAGAACAAGAUUUUUGAGAAUGCUCUCGCAGUGUACGAUAAGGACACUCCUGAUAGAUGGCACAGGGUUGCUGCUAUGCUUCCUGGGAAAACUGUAGGGGACGUUAUAAAGCAGUACAGAGAAUUAGAAGUUGAUGUUAGCAAUAUAGAGGCGGGGCUGAUUCCAAUUCCUGGAUACAGAACCUCUCCCUUUACAUUGGAUUGGGCUACCAGUAAUACCUGCGACGGCUUCAGACCAUCGUAUUCUCUCGGAGGGAAGAGAUCUUCAGGUCGGCCAGCCGAUCAGGAGAGAAAGAAAGGAGUUCCAUGGACAGAGGAGGAGCACAAGCUGUUCCUGAUGGGCUUGAAAAAGUAUGGCAGAGGAGACUGGAGAAAUAUAUCCCGGAAUUUUGUUGUAACUAGAACUCCAACGCAGGUGGCUAGUCAUGCACAAAAGUAUUUUAUCAGGCAGCUUUCAGGAGGGAAAGAUAAGAGAAGAGCUAGUAUUCAUGAUAUAACAACUGUCAACCUUAACGACGUGAGAACUCCGUCGCCGGACAAUAAAAGAUCACCACCUUCACCUGAUCAACCCAAUACUGUGCUUUCUCAGCAUGCCAAUGCUGUUGGCCUGCCUAGAACGCAUUUUCAAUGGAAUCAACCCAAUAGUGGAGGAACAAUGGCUUUCGGUGCAUCAAAUGGGAAUAUGUUGUUGUCUUCUCCUUAUGGAAUUAACUCAUAUGGGCUUAAAAUGCAAGCUCAAAAUCUGCACAGAGAAUCUUACAUUUCACCUCAAAGUUUAGCCUUUCCGAUGCAAUCUGCACAGCACUAUCCUCAUGGAUGAGAGUGUUCUAUGGUUUCAAUUUCUCCAAUGCCAUCUUUUCUUUUAGUGUCGCUUCCUUUUUGCUUUUAUCUGGGGUCUUUGUGUAUAUGUCAUCAAGAAUGCAAGUUUAGUCCAUAGCCGGUACUAGAACUUGGAGGAUAAAGGAUUCUGUUUUGCUUGGCAUUUCAAUCUCUUAAUUAUAAAACUGAAAGGGAAGAUUCCAUCUUUCCAAUGUAUAAAAUGGUGAUCUCUAUCCAAAUGAGCAUGGGAAAUGUGUUCAAUGGAUAGAGUUGUUGUAAAAGGGAAUGGGAAAUGAUUCUGAAGUGAGACUUAGACUUCACAGUUGC